GAACACAGAGUGUAUUUUUGCGUCAAAUUAUUCAUAUAGUUACUGUGAAAAUGAAGAACAUCCGCCCAUCUGACCCAAAGCAUUUCGAAGCUUAUUGUUCGAGCUGAAAAAUCACCCAACUAACUCCCGCGCAUCGUGCAAAAGAAGAAAAGAUUCAUUUCAGAGAAGAAACUAUCCAUGCAGAAAGCUGCAAAAGCUGCACACGUUACUUUACCUCAUACCCGCGUUAUAAUAUGACUUCACGGUUACGCUCAUAAUGUGUUAUUAGUCCUCAAAUUGACUUCUCAAAACGAUAAAAGUGAACAAAAACUAACUCAAAGUACGUGUUAUGAUAAGAAAGAAGAAAACAAACAAAAUGAUAGAUCCAGGACAAUUGUUUUUGACAUGUUUCGUGGCAUGUGUCGUUUUCGCGACCGUCAUCAACGCGCAACAAAUUCGAGUGGAUACAGUCCCAGCGAAGGAGACCGUCACAGAGAACCAAAGAAAUGUUAACCUUACGUGUCGGGUUGGCCGGCCGAUCGGGUUCUGCACGGUGACGCUACCAAACCGAGAACAACAGGUAGCGCUGGAUCCGAAGAUUUCUCCCCGAGAUGGUCUACAGUACUUCGGAAAUGGUUUGGAGAACGGUGAAUGUGGCGUGACUAUUGAUCAAAUAACGGCAGCUCACAAUGGUCAGUGGAAAUGUUCGCUGUUUGUAGAUGGCGUCAGCGUGGAAGGCUUUAUCGACGUCGAGGUCGCACAGGCGCCCACAAUACCCACCAUUGAGAUAGUUCCAGAAAAAGACUCGUUCGAGGUGGAUACGACACUGGUUGCCUAUUGUAUCACGAAAAAUGGCAACCCUGGAGCAAAUCUAGCUUGGUACUUAGAGGACGAACCAAUAUUUCAGGGCGUUUCAUCACCACAGGAAUACAAAGACGAAGGCCAACCCGGUAUCACUAAUGUUCUUACUUUGCAGCGGUCUAUUCAAGCUGCCGAUAGUGGCAAGCGGUUGGUUUGUGAAGCUAAGCACAUUGCAUACCCGGACGGAGUUGCAAAGUUUCAAAGAAAAAUAUAUGUUAAUUUUGCACCGCAAGCUUUACCCGAAACUACAGUUCACGGACUGACGUUGGGUCGUACUGUAGAUGUUACUGUUACUAUUAGUUCAAAUCCAUCGCCACGUACUUCCUGGAUGGUGGACGGUGAUGAAAUCGAGCAAGGUAUGGAAAAUGGUCGCUACGCGGCUCACGUUCCUGUACCGUUGGGCAACGAUAUGUACAACGUGACUCUUACAAUUGCUGGUCUCACUUUGGAAGAUCUAUCAAAGACGUACUCUCUGAGAGGCGUCAACCAGGUGGGAAUGCAAGAUUACACUGUUUUGUUGAGCUCCAUGGACACGGAAUUUGAUGAGUCGGGUGGUGUCGGAAUCGUCGGAAUCAUAGGUAUUGUACUGGCAGCAUUGAUUGUCAUGACAACCGUGGCACUGAUCCUCGUAGCACGAGCUACUGGUAAGUGGUGCUUCCAACAACAAUCGACAUCAACUUCUGCGAGUAAUGCCAGAAUAGGGGAAACAAGCGACACUGAAAGCGCCGAUUUGAAGCAACCAAUUACCAAGACUCAACGGCUGAAAAUUUUAUUCGGAAAGAAGAACGUUCAAACGGGGAGUGUUAAAACUGCCGAUAGUAAGCUCACCACCUCUGCCGCUCCUACAGCCGAAUUUUCAGAAGAACACGAAGUUAAAGACCCCGACAGCGAGAAUAAAACGGGUGAGCCUGCUGUCACUAAGGCCGACGAGCCAACACUUGUCUACGCGGAGCUGGAACUUAAACCGGUAGAGCAUGGUUAUCAAACAAAGCCGGAAUCGACUGAAUAUGCGGAAAUCCUCUACGUUCAGAAGCCCGAAGGUGACCCAGAAAAUGCAAAUGCAACAGGAACGCCAGUGGCUGGCGAAGCUUCCUCUGCUCCAGUGAAAUCCAGUGAAUGACGGACGAAAAUAUUUUCGGACACAAAAUAGACUAAGAGUUUAGAGAAUAAAACGACUCCUCUUUUCAAUAGAUUAUUCUCUUAAAAAAAAAUAUUUUGCGACUUAUUGCGAGUGCGCUGUGAGGUGUAAUUAAACUUAGUUUUUAUUCAUUUUAAAGCUUCAUAAAUAAACAUCGACAAUAUGCGUUGAAACAUAUCAUAAAAUUUAAAAUUAGAUUAUCUUAUAUGAAAAUGCCACGCUGGAGAAAACAGCAAAAAGAUCAGUUUUGUUAAAAC